CCGCAGGAACUAAGUCUGGAUAUCCAGGUUCAAAUAUCUAGUUAAAAACAUCGGGCAAUUUAAUUAUAAAAUAAUAUUAUUGGCGGUGAGUACCGUCUGGAUUCGCCGAAUUAUAUACCUGAAAUAUCUUAAUAUUGAUAGUUAAUUAAUUAUAAGAAAAGCUGGUUGUGAGGUAUCUGGUUACAAAUCGGUUCAAGCAUGAAAACCUACAACUCAUCUCGUACAUAUACCAAACGACUAUGUAUAUAUUUAUAUAUAGUACUGAAUAUCAGUGAAUAGUAAUAUUUGGUAAUUCUAACAAAAACAUAAGGAUAAUAAUCAGCACUUAGGUUAAAAUCUCCUGGAUUUAAGUUAUGCGUGGUGUAGUAACAUUUAUUCGUUACAGAUAUUCGAUCACAUAAAUGAAGUAAUUUAUAAUGGUACUACAGUACUUGAGACCAUCAGAAAUAAGGUUCACUCAGGAUUCCAUUGCUGGAAGAUUUCAAGAUGGCGGGUUUCUGAAUAAUGCCAUAUAUAAUAUUCAAAAGGGGGUGUUGAGCCCCGAAGAUUUUCCACAUAUCAAUGUGGUGAGUAAAAAUGGAAAAUUAUAUAGUUUUGACAAUCGAAGACUAUAUAUUUUUCGUGUAUGUGAGUUUGAAGGAAUCAUAGACAAAAUACCGGUACAGAGGGUAGAAAGCUGGAGACUACGAGAGGAUAGAUUCACUACAGAGAAUGACGGGGUAACACUUUAUGUUAGGCAAGGUGGAACAAAACGACAUUACAGAAAACCCUGGUUGCAGGAGCUCGAUGACAGAGGAAACCGAAAUCUUCCGCCGAGCACGUCGAAUUAUGUUGUUAAUAACAACCAGAGUCCGACUACGUUUGGUAAUACAGAAUAUUUACAAAGUCAUAACACUGGAUACACAAAUCAUGAUUACAUUCCUUACCCAGAAGUUAAAACUUCUACUAAUGCUCCAACAGCACAGUCUUCCAAUUUGAAUGCAAGGACAAACACACAUUCAGACAUGGCAGUCCCGGAUACAUAUACCACUCGGAAGAUAUCGUCAAGAUCUUCAUCUUUGCGAUCUCAAUUAUCAAAGAUUCCUCCAAAACCAGUAACAUCAGGCCCAGUGAUUACUCCAGCACCAAAAGCACGCGAGAUAACCGCCCCUGCUACACGAACUGUGACUGAAUCAGUUGAUGGCUUCGAAGAGAAAAAGAAGAGCCGUUUACGGAGAUUCUUUGAAUGCCUAUGCUGUUGCCGUGUCCAGGAAUAAAAUCACAUCCAGCGUGAUUCCUUGUACAAAUACAAAUAUAUCUUUUUAGCAUGAUGUUGCAUUUACUUUAUUUCCUAUAGCACUAUGGAUAAUUACUGUCUAAGUAUAGUAUUUUGUUUAUUGGGAUAAAACUACCUUUAUUAUUUAUUCUUUCUUCAGUUUAAAAAGCACUAUUUUUUGACAUGGUUCGCAUCGUCGCUUUCAACAAAACACUAUACAAAAGUGUGCUUAGGCAAUAUCCAUGUGUGUUGUGCCAUAUCCAAUACCGAAGCACUUCUAAAUAUUUAAACAAAAAUUGUCAGAAACAAAGAACGAUAUAGAAUAUAUAAUAACGUAUAAGCGCUAUGCAUUUUAUUUACAUCCUGUAUAUUUGCAGCAUGGACAAUUUUUGCAUCAUUUUUUAUUUAAUUAUGUACACAAAAAUGAUUUAUUACGGGGUAUAAACAUGUGAAUCAUUUCAACGAUGGCAUGUAAUGUCUUAAAAACGUGAAAUUAUAAUAAUUGAUAUUUAUUGCUUUACUAUUCAUUUAAUUCUGCCAAAGCACUUCAAUUAUAUUCUUUAAUCAUAUUUAAGUCUUGUAUUUGCUUGACAUCGAUAAUGUUGAA